CAAAGCUAGUUAUACUUAAUUGAAAAGAGAAUACUAAAAACAUGAGAGGAAAUCCAAUUUUGUUGAUAUUAAUAUUUUACUCUCUCUUCAUUUAUCUUGGAGAAUCAAGUGAAUCAGAGAAUGAUGAUCAAGUUUAUAUUGUUUAUAUGGGAGCUGCAGCUUCAACUAAUGGAACCCUUCGCAAAGAUCAUGCCCAUCUUUUGAACACUCUAUUAGCAAGGAAUGGGAAUGCUUUAGUACACAACUACAUACAUGGAUUCUCAGGCUUCGCAGCUCGUAUGUCAAAAAAUGAAGCAAACUGGAUUGCUGAACAACCUGGAGUCGUGUCUGUGUUUCCGGAUCAAACUAUGAAGCUUCACACAACACGCUCUUGGGAUUUUCUCAAAUCACUAACUCCCAUUCAAAUUGACAACAGGCCAUCCGAUUCUUCCCACUCGUCAGACAUCGUAAUUGGCGUGUUAGACACAGGUAUAUGGCCAGAAUCAGCAAGUUUUUCAGACGAGGGAAUGAGUCCUAUUCCAUCUGGUUGGAAAGGAAUUUGUAUGACAUCAACUGAUUUCAACUCAUCCAGCUGUAACAGGAAGAUAAUAGGAGCAAGGUAUUAUCCUGACAUUGGUGGUGUGGAGAACACUGUCAGAGAUAUAUAUGGACAUGGGACUCACACUGCUUCGACAGCAGCAGGGAAGGUCGUGAGUGGUGUAUCAUACUAUGGUUUUGCGAAAGGGACGGCAAGAGGUGGAUCUCCUGAAUCGAGGUUGGCGAUUUAUAAAGUAUGUUAUGGAACUCAUCCUGAAUGCUAUAACUCUGCCAUACUUGCGGCUUUUGACGAUGCUAUUAAUGAUGGAGUUCAUGUACUUUCUCUUUCACUCGGUCCGGGUUCGAAAUCCCGGCCUGCCUUGACAAACGACGUGAUUGCAAUCGGAGCGUUCCAUGCAGUGGAGCGCGGCAUUAUGGUGGUUUGCUCUGCUGGAAAUGAUGGAAAUGUUGGACCGGGAGACACUACCGUUGUGAACGACGUGCCUUGGAUAUUUACUGUUGGAGCCACCACCAUUGAUCGUGAUUUUCUGUCCAAUGUUGCCAUGGGUAAUAAAAAAGUUAUUAAGGGUCGAGCUAUAAAUCUCUCUCCGCUUUCAAAAUCCGCAAAAUAUCCAUUGAUAACAGGAGAAGCUGCAAAGGCAACUACCGCGGACUUAGCAGAAGCAAGGCAGUGUCAUUUUAAUUCAUUAGAUAAAGAUAAAGUCAAGGGAAAGAUUGUCCUCUGCGAUGGUACAACUGAUCAUCUUUCAACCGGUUACAAAUUUCUUGCAGUAAAAGAGGUGGGGGGAUUAGGUCUUGUUCAUAUUACUGACAUAGAUAUAGCAGAGGCAAAUAUCUAUGAACUUUUACCAGCAACAACAGUGGUAACACCAAAAGAUGCAUCCUCAAUUCUAGAAUAUUUGAAUUCAACAAGCAAUCCAGUGGCAACAAUUCUACCAACAAUUUCAGUGAUAGAUUACAAGCCUGCACCUAUGGUGGCAAGCUUUUCAAGUAGAGGGCCUUCAACGCUUUCUAAGAAUAUUCUCAAGCCUGAUAUUGCAGCACCAGGUGUUAACAUUCUUGCUGCAUGGACUGGAAAUGACGCAAAAGGGAGAGAACCUCCGCUAUAUAACCUUGAAUCAGGGACUUCCAUGUCAUGUCCACAUGUUUCAGGCCUUGCAGGAAGCAUUAAAUCUAAAAAUCCCACUUGGAGUGCCUCUGCAAUCAGAUCAGCCAUCAUGACCUCUGCAACUCAAUUUAACAAUAUGAAGACUCCCAUUACAACAGAUUUAGGGUCGGUUUCCACACCUUAUGACUAUGGAGCUGGAGAAAUUACACUGAAUAGAUCAUUCCGUCCAGGGCUAGUUUACGAAACCAGCACAAUUGACUACUUAAACUAUUUGUGUUACAUGGGAUACAAUACAACCACAAUUAAAGUUAUCGCAAGAACCAUCCCUGAUAGUUUUAGUUGCCCUAAGGAUUCGAAUCCUGAUCAUAUUUCCAAUAUCAACUAUCCUUCCAUAGCAAUCUCCAACUUCAUUGAAAGACAAAUCGUGAAUGUGAGUAGAACUGUUACGAAUGUUGGUGAAAAAAAUGAAAUAGUCUACUCCGCCAUCAUUGAUGCUCCUAGCAGCGUGAAAGUCCAAUUGAUUCCAGAAAAACUCAAUUUUACCAAAAAUAGCAAAAAACUGAGCUACCAAAUUAUUUUCUCCUACACUUUAAUUCCAUUGAAGGAUGAUCUGUUUGGAUCCAUUACCUGGAAAAGUGGUGAUUAUGAAGUUCGAAGUCCUUUUGUAUUGGCCGUCUAGUUAAAUGAAAAUAAAUGAUGAAUAAAUACAAGUUGAGCUAUGGUAGAUGCCAACUCUUGUGGUGCUUAUGUUAUAUGUACUAUUUUA